CAUUAUCAGCGGAUGCGACGAGCGUGUCGCACGUCUUGAACGUGUUCACCGCAUCGCCGCUUAUCAGCACCGCGUCGAGUGGCUGGAAAACAAGCAAGAAACAGGAAUCCGUCGACCGAGUGUGGAAUCAACGGGCGCCCGGUUCGAAUUCGGCGCCAUUUUGGAGCAACGUGAGAUCGUGUAGACCGUCGCAGCGGCGCGCGACGUGCUGGUUGUAAUAUGCGUGUGUAACGUGUCCGCUGAUGUGAUUUCAGUCGAGCUGCUCGCAAGCCAAAAGCGAAUCUUCGAGACCACGCAGCACACGAGAUGAGCGUGGACGCGUACGGGCCGAGCUCGCAGACGCUCACGUUCCUCGACACCGAGGAGUCCGACCUUAUCGGCGCCGACACGCAGGGCUCCGACUGCGACUUCACCGAUUUUACGCUUCCGUCGCAGACGCAGGCAUCGCAGCUGGACCUUGGCGGGCCGCAAGCAUCCGGACUACAAGUGAAUGGGAUUUCAUCGAAGAGCAUCAGUAAUAAACUAGCUGUUGCCACAUCUGCACUAGGAGAGUUACAAUUCGAAGAAGAAGAUGAGGAGUUUUUCAGCAAGGAACUCCCUGAAUAUGCUUGCAAGUAUUGUGGGAUUCACGAGCCUAACUGUGUGGUCAUGUGCAACCUCUGCAAGAAGUGGUUUUGCAAUGGCAGAGGCAAUACAUCUGGAAGCCAUAUUAUUAAUCAUCUAGUGCGUGCAAAGCACAAGGAAGUGACUUUACACAAAGAUGGACCUCUGGGUGAGACUGUCUUGGAAUGCUACAGUUGUGGCGUGCGCAACGUGUUCGUCCUGGGUUUUAUUCCCGCCAAAGCUGAUUCUGUCGUUGUGCUUUUGUGCAGACAACCUUGUGCUGCACAAAAUUCUCUCAAGGAUAUGAAUUGGGAGCAAGAGCAAUGGAAGCCGCUCAUCUCCGACCGUUGCUUCCUCACCUGGCUGGUGAAAGUGCCCUCCGAGCAGGAGCAACUACGCGCUCGUCAAAUCUCCGCGCAGCAGAUCAACAAACUCGAAGAAUUAUGGAAGGAAAACGUCGACGCCACGUUCCAAGACCUCGAAAAACCCGGCGUGGAUGAAGAACCGCAACAGGUACUUCUACGCUACGAAGAUGGCUACCAGUACCAAAAUAUCUUCGGCCCGCUGGUGAAACUCGAGGCAGAUUAUGACAAGCGAUUGAAAGAGUCGCAGACGCAGGAGAAUAUCGAUGUGCGUUGGGAUGUCGGACUCAACAAGAAAACAAUCGCGUAUUUCGCGCUGGCAAAAACCGACGGCGAUAUGAAACUGAUGCAUGGCGAUGAACUGCGCCUGCGUUACGUUGGUGAAAUGCAUAAGCCAUGGGCAGGUGUCGGACAUGUCAUCAAAGUACCUGAUAACUUCGGGGAAGACAUCGGGAUUGAAUUAAAGAAUAGCCUGGGUGCGCCAACUGAAUGCAGCAGUAACUUCGUCGUGGAUUUCAUCUGGAAAUCAACGAGUUUCGAUCGUAUGCAACUUGCGUUGCGUAAAUUCGCGGUGGAUGACACAUCAGUGUCGCCGUACAUCUACCAUCGCCUUUUGGGACAUGAAGUCGAAGAGGUUUUGUUUCGUUGUCACUUACCGAAACAUUUCUCUGCGCCAAAUUUACCUGAUUUGAAUAGAUCACAGGUUUAUGCAGUUAAACACGCUUUGCAACGUCCGCUGUCGUUGAUUCAAGGCCCGCCAGGUACAGGAAAAACUGUCACGUCUGCUACUAUUGUCUAUCAACUGGUAAAACAAAAUGGCGGACCUGUUUUGGUUUGUGCGCCAUCAAACACCGCUGUGGAUCAACUCACGGAGAAGAUACACCGUACUAACCUCAAAGUAGUGAGGUUAUGUGCGAAGUCACGUGAAGCUAUUGAUUCACCAGUGAGUUUCUUGGCUUUGCACAAUCAAAUUCGUAAAAUGGAGACUAAUACCGAACUGCAGAAAUUGCAACAGUUGAAGGAUGAAACUGGUGAGUUGAGUUCCGUCGAUGAGAAACGCUAUCGCACUCUAAAGAAAGCCGCGGAGAAGGAAUUAUUAGAAGCGGCCGAUGUGAUUUGUUGCACUUGCGUCGGCGCAGGAGAUCCGCGUCUUGUCCGAUUGAAAUUCCAUUCGAUUUUGAUCGAUGAAAGCAUGCAGGCGACCGAACCCGAAUGUAUGGUGCCUGUUGUACUGGGUGUUAAACAAUUGAUUCUUGUCGGGGAUCAUUGCCAGCUUGGGCCGGUGGUGAUGUGCAAAAAGGCCGCACGUGCUGGAUUAUCGCAGAGUUUGUUCGAACGCCUGGUAGUCUUGGGUAUACGACCAUUCAGACUCGAAGUGCAAUAUCGUAUGCAUCCGGAACUCAGCCGGUUUCCGUCUAACUUCUUUUAUGAAGGCAGUUUACAAAAUGGCGUCUGUGCGGAUGAGCGUCGUUUGAAAAAGGUGGAAUUCCCAUGGCCGAUUAUUGACAGACCGAUGUUUUUCCACGUUACACAAGGCCAGGAGGAGAUUGCCGGCAGUGGAACAAGUUAUUUGAACCGCACCGAAGCAGCGAAUGUUGAAAAAAUCGCGACGAGAUUCCUACGCGGCGGUGUCAAACCCGAACAAAUCGGUGUAAUCACUCCGUAUGAAGGGCAACGCGCUUAUUUGGUGCAACAUAUGCAGUAUCAAGGAUCCCUGCAUAGUAAACUCUAUCAGGAGAUAGAGAUUGCCUCUGUGGAUGCGUUCCAAGGGCGAGAAAAGGAUAUAAUUAUCAUGUCAUGCGUGCGUUCGAAUGAACAUCAAGGUAUCGGGUUCUUAAAUGAUCCGCGACGGUUGAAUGUGGCGCUGACGCGCGCUAAAUAUGGGAUUAUCAUCGUCGGUAACCCGAAAGUGCUGUCAAAACAACCACUUUGGAAUCAUUUGUUGACUUUUUACAAAGAACAGAAGGUUCUAGUUGAAGGUCCGUUAACUAACCUCAAAGAAUCGAUGAUUCAGUUUGCCAAACCCAAGAAGUUGAUUAAUUCUGAGAAUCCUGGUUCUCAUUUUAUGACUACUUCGAUGUUUGACGCUAGGGAGGCGCUGGUGCCCGGUUCGGUGUAUGACCGAACUAAUGUCGCCAUUAAUGGCGGCCAGUAUAACUAUCCGCGCGGCGCUGUUCCGCUGGAUAUGUUCAGUCGUACGCAUGAUCCGAUCUCGUACAUCUCUCCGGAGCGUGCGCAGGCCGCCAUGUCGAAUCUGCCGGUUCCGGUGGGUAUGUUUAUGAAUAUGGCGCAUAUCCCGCCGAGGUUUUAUAACCAACAUCAGCAAGCGAUGCAGGCGCGUCAGACGCAGACGCCGCGCACGCGUAAACCUCUCAAUACGCGCCCGGGGAUGCAGCAUAAGGGCAAGACACUCAGCCAGGAGCAAACGCAGACGUUCAGUCAGAGUCUGCAGUUGACACAGGGCAUGUCACAGCCGGGAUUGUCCCAGCCCGGGUUUAGUCUAUCGCAGCCGGGAUUGUCACAGGCCGAGCUCAGUCAGGAUCCGUACGUGGCGGACUUCCAGUCGCAGAUGGACGGGUUGUUGUCGCAGGAUUCGACUUACCAAGGCGAUCGCUCGGCGUUCUACCAGCCGGGCGCGCAGUUCUCGCAACCGUACUGAAUGCCGGCGGCACGCGCAGCGGGACAGCAGCGAUUAAUGCACAACGACCAUUAAUAUGCAACGCAGACCAACUCGAAACUGGACGUACGAACAAACACGGGGGCGCGUACGAAACACACUUACCGACCAGCAGCAGCAGCAGCAGCAAUACAGCGGCAAAAACAGUCCGGAAUGUUUUUUUACGUGGUUCACGAACGCGAAUGGAAAAAAAUGGAUAAAUUGAUGCGGAUGGGGGGUGGCCAAAUAAUGACGACGAUCGAUGGCAAAUGAAACAAACAAAAAAAAAAUCAUUAUCAAAAAAAAAAUUACAAUGGCGGAUGAUUGAUCCGACCGAGAUCUUCAUACUUAUAAGGAGCAUGCGAUUCUGACGCUCGGAUGGUUGCCGUCCGAGGCGCAGCAAGAUGGUGGCGAUUAACAAGUUGUGUUGCGUACACAACGAUUUGGAAAACGGGUCCUUCUCACACACACGAGGAGUGGAAAGAUGUGGUGCAAGAUGUUAAAGAAUGCGCUUUUAAUGCUCCGUUAAUCUAAUGAAUUAUUAUUAAUUUUUCUCUUUCGGUUAGUUAAAUAAUUAUGUAUUUCGUCUAAAUUUGUGUGUAGCAAUUAUCUGCGAGGCGCAAAUCACUAGAUAAUCUAUCAGUUUUUCUGUGUACGACGGGAAGCUUGCUUUUAUACAUCAUUCAACAACAUUUAAUAGGAAGCAAAUUCAUCACAUUUUACUUGUAUUCAUUUCUCUAUUGUGCAAAUUCUUCUUCUGAUGAUUGACCAGUAGGUCAAUUCAUUUAUUUCUUUUUAAAUCUUUUAAUAUGGAACUUUAUACAUGUUACUUUCAAAUUAAAAUUGUUGUGAACAGAAA